AUGGUGGUGACAGGCUGUGCCCGCGGCGGCGGCGGCGGGGACCGCGCGCCCUCCCGGCGGCGGGGCUGCGGACUCGCGCCGGCCGGGGCCGCGGCGCUGCUGGCCGGGGCGAGCUGCCUGUGCUACGGCCGCUCCCUGCAGGGCGAGUUCGUGCACGACGACGUGUGGGCGAUCGUGAACAACCCCGACGUGCGGCCCGGCGCCCCGCUCCGCUGGGGCGUCUUCACCAACGACUUCUGGGGCAAGGGCAUGGCCGAGAACACCAGCCACAAGUCCUACCGGCCGCUCUGCGUCCUCACCUUCAAGCUGAACAUAUUUUUGACUGGUAUGAACCCAUUCUACUUUCAUGCAGUGAACGUGAUUUUACACUGUUUAGUGACUCUUGUCCUGAUGUACACCUGUGACCAAGCUGUCUUCAGGAAUCGCAGACUUGCUUUUGCUACGGCACUACUUUUUGCUGUGCAUCCUAUCCACACGGAGGCAGUGGCUGGGAUUGUUGGCAGAGCUGACGUGCUAGCAUGCCUGCUGUUUCUGUUGGCCUUUCUCUCCUACAAUAGGAGUGUGGACCAGCGUCAUGUUGUGGAAUGUUUCCCUCCCACGGCUUCUCCCUUCUUCUUGCUGCUCAGUUUGUUUCUGGGGACCUGUGCGAUGCUGGUGAAGGAGACCGGCAUCACGGUGUUUGGGGUGUGCUUGGUUUAUGAUCUCUUUUCCCUAUCCCACAAGCAAGAGAAAUCGAGCAACGGGGUCGUCCAUCAGUGCAGCCCGCAGCAGCCUGGGAGUCCCCCGCCCCCGGCACUGCCCACACAGCCUCACCGGGAGAAUGGGAAGCAGCAUCGAUUUCCUCACCGAGGAGCUUGGGGUGGCUGCCACUCGCCAUUGCCACAAGAACCCAAGAGCAGUGGAUUCCCAGUGUCUCCUGGAGCUGUGUGGUCCAUGAUGAGAUACCUAACAGCAAGGAGCAAUAGAAAUUUCCUGCUUACCAUGAGGCCAUUCUUAAAAAGGGCCACUUUGGUCAUAAGUUAUGUGAUUGUCAUUUUGUACUUCCGUCUCUGGAUAAUGGGAGGAUCUAUGCCCCUCUUUUCAGAGCAGGAUAAUCCAGCUUCGUUUUCGCCUUACAUUCUUACAAGGUUCCUUACCUAUUCCUACCUCUUGGCCUUCAACGUGUGGCUUCUGCUUGCACCUGUUACCCUGUGCUAUGAUUGGCAGGUGGGCAGUAUUCCCCUGGUAGAGACUAUAUGGGACAUGCGGAACUUAGCCACCAUCUUUCUGGCAGUUGUGAUGACCUUACUGAGCCUUCAUUGUUUAGCAGCCUUCAAGAGGCUGGAGCACAAGGAAGUUUUAGUGGGCUUGUUGUUCCUGGUUUUCCCGUUCAUUCCAGCCAGCAAUCUCUUCUUCAGGGUGGGUUUUGUGGUGGCGGAGAGAGUCCUUUACAUGCCUAGCAUGGGCUACUGCAUCCUUUUUGUGCAUGGACUGAGCAAGCUGUGCACUUGGCUGAAUCGAUGCGGGGCUACUACCCUGACUGUGUCCACUGUGCUGCUGCUGUUGCUUUUCUCCUGGAAAACGGUGAAACAGAAUGAAAUCUGGCUGUCAAGAGAGUCCCUAUUCAGGUCUGGAGUUCAAACUCUGCCCCACAAUGCCAAGGUUCACUACAACUAUGCCAAUUUCCUGAAGGACCAAGGUCGGAACCGGGAAGCAAUCUACCACUACAGAACGGCCCUCAGGUUGUAUCCUCGCCACGCCAGUGCCCUGAACAACCUUGGAACUCUGACAAGAGACACAGCAGAGGCAAAGAUAUACUAUCAGAGGGCUCUCCAGCUAAAUCCGCAGCACAACCGCGCUCUUUUCAAUCUCGGGAAUCUCCUCAAGUCCCAGGAGAAAAAAGAGGAGGCUAUCACCUUACUGAAGGACUCCAUUAAAUACGGUCCAGAGUUUGCAGAUGCAUAUUCAAGCUUAGCUUCAUUGCUGGCCGAGCAGGAGAGAUUUAAGGAAGCUGAGGAAAUAUACCAGGCUGGAAUAAAGAACUGUCCAGACAGCUCAGACUUACACAACAACUAUGGGGUUUUCUUAGUUGAUACUGGCUCUCCAGAGAAGGCAGUGGCCCAUUACCAGCAGGCCAUCACACUCAGCCCCAGUCAUCAUGUGGCUAUGGUGAAUCUAGGGAGACUCUACAGGUCAUUGGGCGAGAACAGUGUGGCUGAAGAAUGGUAUAAACGUGCACUGCAGGUGUCGCGCAAAGCCGAGAUAUUAUCACCUUUGGGAGCGCUGUAUUAUAACACCGGCCGAUACGAGGAGGCUCUGCAGAUUUACCGGGAAGCUGCGGCCCUCCAGCCUUCUCAAAGGGAGCUCCGCCUGGCCCUCGCUCAGGUUUUGGCCGUAAUGGGUCAGACAAGAGAAGCUGAAAAGAUGACCAACCACAUCGCGUCAGAGGAGACCGGAUGCCUCGAAUGCUACCGCCUGUUGUCAGCCAUCUACAGCAAGCAGGAGCGCCAUGGCAAGGCUCUCGAUGCUAUAGACAAGGCUCUCCAGCUGAAACCAAAGGACCCAAAAGUCAUAUCUGAACUUUUUUUCACAAAAGGAAACCAACUAAGAGAGCAAAAUCUUCUGGAUAAAGCUUUUGAGAGCUACAAAGCAGCCGUGGAGCUGAAUCCAGAUCAAGCACAGGCCUGGAUGAACAUGGGUGGAAUCCAGCACAUCAAGGGAAACUAUGUGUCCGCAAGAGCUUAUUAUGAGAGAGCCUUACAGCUGGUUCCAGACAGCAAACUGCUGCAGGAAAAUCUUGCCAAAUUGGAUCGCCUAGAAAAACGAUUACAAGAAGUUCGAGAAAAGGAUCAAACAUAGCAGCAUUUGAACCAGUCUCGGGGGACAGUGCUGGUGUCUCUGGAAGAGGAAGUGAUUCAGGCUCGCUUUCACAGCAGCAGGAGUGCAACAAGGAAGCUUUCCUCUCUCUCUGAGUUCAGGGGGGCACAUUUUGGGCACCCGCUGGUACCUCUGUGCUGAGGGACCUGCAUUUCCAUGGAAGAAGACUGAAAGAGCGAGCAAGAGCAAGGCCUGAGAGGAAGGAAAACAAAUACUCCACAUUUUGCAGAUUUUUGUUGGCUUUAAUUCCAGAUUUCCCUUCAUCUAUUCCUCUUCUUUCCCAGCCUGAGAAUCUCAUUCCAUCUCUUAAUGUAGACUUUUAUGUCCCAGAAAUACAGAGGCUUGAAAUGCUAUGGAGGGAGAACAUCUCUUCUUGAUGAGAUGAGUUUUUUUCAAAGAGAAUAAAAUCUCUGGGGUAAACCAUUUGGGAAAUCCCACCAAGAGGUAGCUCAUUGACUUCUCCAGAACUAGAGAUGAGUAUCUGAUAGUUUCUGUAGAAUCUUCUGGAAUAUAUGGGGGAAAGGGCUCUUGUUAAGUGAGCUUUAUUUAUAUCCCCCUGGGGAUAAUCCCCCUAGAGCGCAGUUGAAGAGUAAAUUAAAUUCCACUCUGAUGCAGUCUUUUCCCAUUGCCUGAUAUAUCAAAAAGGAAGCUUGUGUAUGGGUGUUCUUAUCCCUAGGGGAAAAUCAAGGAUCUUGGUACCCCAAAUUCUUUAUGGAAAUGUUUAAGAUUAUUUUAAUUUUAUUACAAGUAUUACUAGAGUAGUGGUUCUGCUCUAAGGUUUCAGAAGUGCUUUUAGAAUCAUGUUUCUGCCUCCACAUAUAUUGUUAUUUUGGUGGAGAAAAAAAUAGUAUAUUCUACAUGAGAAAUAUUAAAGAUAUUAACUAAGAGAAAUGUUCUACUUUGUUAUCUUAACAUUCAGUCAUCCAGAGAUUUAUUAUUUUUUGAAAAGUAUAUUUAACCAUUGAAAAAUCUUUACAGUAUAUCACAGAAAUCUUAACAGAAUAUAAACAGGUGGAAAGGGAGCUCUAUUGAUUUGUCUACUGAGGCUCUAUGAGAAUUCUGUGCUUAGAACAUGAGUGACAGAAAUUCAGAGUUCUUGGUUCUUGGUUCUGUAUUUAUAACUUUGGAGAUUUCAUGGAGAGUGCUCAAAAAUAUCUAGGGAAAAAGUCUAAAUUUGUAAUUUAAAAAAUAUAUAUUUAUAUUUAAAAGAUAGAGGUAGCAAAGUUGAAUUUACAAUUUGACCUUUGGUUUUUAGUGUUAUUUAUUUCAUAACUUAUAAAAAUAUUUAAUAUAUAUGUAUGCACACUUUUUCUCCUGUACAUAGUGGUUUUAAUAGCAGCUUUCAGAACUGAUCAUACAAAAAUUACAAAUCUGAAUUACAGAGUAGUUAAGUUUAACACCCUCUCAAAAAAUUUGUAUUGAUUAUUCACUUGCUAAGGCUAAAGAAAUUAGGAAUCAGACAUCAGUGUUUGGGUGGCAAUAUAUUUUGGAAGGGAAGAAAUUGCAACACGUGUUUCUAAUUUGGCCAUCAUCAUAAUCUUUAAGGAAAAAAAAGAAGAAGAUGAAGAAGAGAACCCACUCGAGAGUCCAGUUCACAGCACUGGGUCAGGUGGUCUGCACGUGUAAUAACCCCAAGGUACUCGGGUUUCAUGUGCUCAGGCCAGGGCGGGGUAAACAGUCUGCUUCUUUUCAACACAGUUAUCUGGAAAACUCUGCCCUUCUGUGCUAUCUUUUUGUCAAGGUAAGUCUAGUUAAAAGAACUUCUUUGGAAAGGGAUGAUGGAAAGAAUAUUUUAAAUGCAAAGGAUUACAGAAUUUGAAUUAGCAUACAUGUAUUUGUAUGCAUCAAUAAUCCAGUAAUAUAUAUAUUACCACCAUGAUCUUCUGUUUCUAAUAGCCUUAUAUAUCAUAAACUUUUCCAAAAUUUUAUUUAAAAUAUUUUUCUUCUCUUCAAAAUUAUACUUGUGGAGUCCUAAGGCCAAGAAAUGUACUAAAGUUUAUUUUAAAUGAUCAGCCCACCCCCAAAUUGAAAAGCGUAAGCCCUAGCUAAAAAUAGUAUAAAAGACUUUAAUCACAACUUUUUAGAAUAAUCUGUAACCAAAACUCACACUUAGGAAGUUAAUGGAAAAAACUAAGCCCCAAGUUUUGAAAAGGAAGUAAUGCCUUACUUGAAAUGCUGCUAAGGUAUGAGGGUACAUCAGUGGGAAUAAUUGAAAUGACAGUCACAGCCUCAAAGUUUCUAAGGGAAGGGGUCACAUGGCCUUCAAGAGACUUCUUCUAUCUUCUUUUGGGUGCUUUUCUCUCUCCCCAUGUCUUCCUCUCUGUCUGUCUCUGUCUUUCUCCUU